UGUGUGUGAAAUUUCCAAUGUGUAUUUUCCACCUUGUUAUAAUUUGCGAACUCCGGAAGUGUUAUAUUUGGACAACAAUUUAUCGUUAGCUAGCAUGUAGCUUUUUGUCAGUGUCCAUGGAUCUGGCGAAGACUUGUUGCAACCAUCAGCGUCCUUUAACUCAUAAAUACUGUCACCACAUUGGAGCUGUUUGUUGAAAUGGAUAUUUUAAGAGACGACGAAGUGCAUGAGCUGAAAUACAAACGUGGGGGCCGCUUGGAUAUGAGCCACGGCUUCCUGCACCAUAUCCGGAGGAACCAGAUUGCUAGAGAUGACUAUGAUAAAGAGGUGAAGCAAGCAAAAGAGGUGAAGCAAGCGAAAGAGCUUCAGCGGCGAAGGCACACAACAACCCCUAGACGCCCCCGUCGACCUGACAUCCAAGUGUACCAUCCUCGACACAGACAUGGAUCAGAGCCAGGGGCCGGUGCUGAGGCCGAGGAGUCUAAUGAGAGUGGGUCAAGCACAGAGAUGGAGACGCAUGGUACAGAACUCUUCUGGCUGGACUAUCAGGCGGAUUCUGGUACCAUUACCUCCUUCCUUGUGCACAAGGGGGAUAAGCCUGAGGAGGUGGUGGAACGUGUUGCAGAGAAGAACAUCCUGGAUUCAGCCAUGCGAGCAGCUCUACAGGCUCGAAUUCAAAAGGAAAUAGACAGAAGACGAGACAAACGCUGAGUGAUAUUCUCAAACAGUGGAUUAUGACAAAGAGGAGCAAUACGUAAUUUGCAGUUCUGCACUCCUACAAAGCAUUACAGCUAUUGACAGUGUUGGAGGGAUCAUGAACAGUAACUGUCAGCAGAGAUCCAACUUGAUGACUUGUCUUCUGUUUUUAAAGGGGAAUGAACAGCACUUUGAAAGACAGCAUGAUUGGGAGUUAACUGUCAGGUUCAUGUUUACUACAUCUUGGAUUUUUACCUCAUACCCUCAUUCAUAACUUAAAGGACACUUUGUACACCUUCAAGUUAACUGGACCUAUGAAAUCAUGUUGUUGCUUUCUAACAGUUAAAUUCAGAAAGGAGUAGGUACUCUGACAGAGAGCACCGUUAACCUUCCUCCUCAGUUGAACACGUCCUGUGUUUCUUGCGUUUACAAAGUUCUAGUUUUUAUAAACAAGAUUUAUACUUUUUGGGUAAAAUGCUGUGAACGGAGCAUCAGUCUGUCAACGAAUCUGUUUAGAAAUGUGACAAUAUAGUUUUGGUUCUUAGUGGAUGUAGCCACAAUAAUGUGUUUGUGUGGCAACUGUGUUUCAUUAUUUUCAGUAUUCUAAUUUAUUUUGGAUUGUUGAAAUACUUUUAUUUUUGAUACUGUAAUAUUUUUGAGGACACAACUCUUUAUGUAUAAAAAGACAUAUAUAUAUUCUAAAAAGCCAUUUAUUAUUGUGUCUUUGUGAACAGCCAUAAAAUGUGAAUGUGUU